CGGCUAUUUAUGGUAUCCGCCAGGGCAUCCAGACUUUGGAUCGUAAAAACGGGUCCAACAAUCCCGUGCUAAUUUAAGGGACUGACAAUGGAUAGGCUUCUUUGAGAUCUGCGGCGGGGCAUGACCUACUGUUAUAAGUAGUAAAGGUUCCCACGGCAGACACAGCCGUAAUAGAAUCACUGGGAAUCACUUUCUACGGCAUCUCCAUACACUUCCAAAGUCACCACCAUGGCAUCAACACCACAAGCCGAUGCAGACUUCGAUAUGCUGGCCACUCAGCCCAGACGAACUUCAAAGGGUGUGAUAGCCUCAUACGUGCUGGAUUGGGCAUUCAUCAUUACUAAAGCAUCUCACAACACCAGUAUCCUCGUAAUCACAGGUGGAAUCCUCUACAAAAUCACCGGCUCCGAACAUGUCUUCUCCCUCGACGACGCAAACAUCUCCUACCCCCUCAAAUCCGACACCGUCUCCAUCACAACCGUCGGGAUCGUUUGCUGCGUCGUCCCCGCCGUCCUCAUCGCAGCAAUCUGCCUCUUCAUCCCCCUCCCCUGGCCCCGUCGUCUCUGGGAAUGGCACGCCGGAUGGCUAGGCCUAGCCCUGAGUCUCGCGGGUGCAUUUUUCCUCACAUCCGGUCUGAAAGACGUAGUGGGUAAACCACGACCGGACCUUCUCGCCCGCUGCCAGCCCGAUCUAGCCAACCUCACUACCUACGCUGUUGGUGGACUGGGUCUCCAGCGUACAGAGUCACCGGUUAUGGUAACAUCGGCUAUUUGCAAGAACCCCGAUGCGACUGUCAUCAAAGCCGGGUUUGCUGCUUUUCCAUCCGGGCAUUCUUCCUUCGCUUGGGCGGGGUUGCUGUAUCUGUCUCUGUGGCUGGGCGCUAAGUUCGCGGUGUCUGUUCCUGUUCGCUCUAUGUCUUUUAGCGCUGGAGAUGGCCAUAAGAAGACGGAGUCGUCUUUCAGCAGGGCGUCGGCGGUGGCUGCUCCGCCGUUGUAUCUCCUUGUACUCAUUGCAGUUCCUGUUGGUGGUGCGCUCUAUAUCUGUGCGUCGCGGUAUAUGGACUACAUGCACGCUGGGUGGGAUAUCCUGGGGGGUAGUUUGAUUGGGAUUGUGUUUGCUAUCUUGGGAUUUAUGUGGUAUCAUGCUCCUGCGGGACAGGGGUAUGGUGGAUGGGCUUGGGGGCCUAGACAGAGGGUUGGGGCAUUUGGGGCGGGUUUUGGAGAUGGAGUAUGUACUGGAAGUGGGAGUAGAAAUAUGGAAGGUAGUAGAGAUGGGUAUCAGGAUCUAGAGCUCGGUGCUAUGCGUGCCUCGCGGGGAGUUAUGGGAGGUGCUUAGCUAGUAGCUUGAGUAGUAGGUUUGGUUUAGGUACGUAUAUUGCAUCUGGAAGAUUAUUUAUUGUAUGUACAUUCCCCUUGUCAAUACAACGGGUGAACGAUAGCGCCGUGCCAGGAUAAAAGUGGAUUCUGCAGAUUGGAGUCAACCACCACCACCAGAAGAACA